AUGUCUCUUGCAAAGCCCCUCAACAUCGCCAUGCGAGGGCUCCAGUUCCUCUGGGCCCUCCUCGUCAUGGCCAUUGUCGGCAACAUGGUCGCCGAAGCCCACAACAGCCCUUCUGUCGUCAACUACAGCCUCUUCUGCUCUGUCUUCGGCAUGCUCUCGCUCUUCUACCUCCUACCCGCCACCAUCUGGGAGAACUUCUCCAUCUCCCCUUGGUUCCCCCUUAUCCUCGACAUCCUGAACACCAUUUUCUGGUUCUGCGGCGCGGUGGCGUUGGCGGCCGACUUGGGCGUGCAUAGCUGCAGCAAUCAGGGCUAUCUCGACUCCAACCACAUCACCAACGGCGUGAAGACUGGCAAAUCCGGACGAUGCACCGAAGCGCAAGCCUCCGACGCCUUCCUCUUCUUCGGCUUCUUCGCCUUCCUUGUCUCCACCGUCCUCUCCGGCCUGAACACCCGCGGCAGCGGCAUCCGUCCCAGCGGCAUCCGAAGAAGUGGGCCAGCCAUGAGCCAGGUGUAA